CUUAUAAAAUAUUUUUUUUUUAAGUACUACAUGUCAAAAACGAGCGACUAGAAAUUUUAUUAGCUCGAUUUCAGAACUUAUAGCACCACUCCUUGACCACUAUUUUGGUCUGAAAUUCUGAAUACUCGUUCAUUAAAGUCAUGGUGUGAAAACUGUGAUUAUAUACGAAAAAAAUAAUGUGUGCAAUUAAUAAGAGGAUUCUAAUGUGACGUGAGAUAAAUACUGGAUAUUUACAAAGCUAUAUCGAGAUAAAAAUGACAUAAAAAAUGUCCGGCGGUAAGAACAAGCGCUCGAAGCGUCAUGAGGGCUGGGAGGAAGCAGGGGGUGAGUUCUACCAAGAACUCUACCCCGGGGGAGAACAAGAACUGUUUGAGAACCUACAGAGGGCUGAUGCAGCUAAAUUGGCAACACUCCUGCCAUCGAAGCAGGCUAGGAAUACGACCACGUCAAAGCGUGCGCGGUCGCAGAACGAGCGGAGACAAUCGACGUUCGCGCGCACAACGCAGAGUCGCGACAUACACCUCUCGAUGUUGCCGGAUUUAUCAGAAAAUCUAUCAAAUGAGGAACGAACCUGGGAGGAGAUCAUGCAAAUUAAAGCCAUGCCGGUGCCGAUGAACCAGAAGCUUGAAAUAAAAUCAAGACUACAGAACGCAACAAAACUUCGUCUCCAGGGUUUGGAACAGUUGCAAUGGCGGCAACGAAAAGUAUUGCAUCGAUUUCGGAUUCGUUUCGCGGAAAUUGUUGGCAAAUUGGAAUUAUGGCAGUCAGCCUUGCGGGAAAUCGAGGGGAAGUUCGGAACGGGCGUCGUGUCAUAUUUCCUAUUCCUAAGAUGGUUGUUAUUUCUAAAUUUAGCGAUAUCGAUAUUCGUGGUAACGUUUCUAAUUCUACCGAAUGUUUUUCUUGUCGAAAUUGAACAGGACUGCGAUAAGUUCGACAAUAAUUCAACGACAUGCUGUUCACAGGCUUACUUCCAACGGAAUUUGACGGAAAAUAACGUUUUACUAGACUUAAUUCAGGGUACCGGGUGGAUGGAACGGACAAUCUUAUUCUACGGUGUAUAUAGUGAUCAAGUUUACUCUUACUUCGUUAAAAGACUAUGGGAUACUGAAAUGUUCUAUAAUAUGCCCUUGGCGUACAUUUUAAUACCAAUAUCGUGGACUCUAUUCUCCCUGAUCGCAAUCGUCAAAACGGCAGCGAAAGGCUUCAAAGAGAGAUUAGUGGAGAACGAGGGACAGUUCUACAUGUACUGUAAUCUUGUAUUUGGGGGUUGGGAUUUCUGUAUCCAUAACGAUAAAUCAGCGAAAAUUAAACACAAGGCUCUGUACAACGAAGUCAAAGGAUGCUUGGAGGAAGAGAGAUAUAAAGAGGAGAAACAGUCGCGAACGAGAGAGAGCCAAAUACUCAUGCAUUUAAAGAGGAUACUCAUUAACUUAUUAGUUUUCAUAAUACUUAUUGGAUCGGGGAUCCUUAUAUACGCAGUGUUCAACCAAUCGAUGGAGAGAUUAAACGAGGACCAGUUCACUUCGAUGGAAAGCGAUUUCAACAAUAUUACGGAAAAAUCGACCUUAAGCCCAUAUACAGAUAACUCAUAUUCGAUAUGGCGGUUUCGCAACACGUUGCUCGAAUUUCUCCCAUUUAUAACUAUAGGGGUAUUGAAUAUAUUCAUACCGGAAAUAUUCGGUUAUUUGAUAAAAUUCGAAACUUAUACGCCGGCUAAUGCGAUUAUAAUAACGCUGUUGAGAACCGUUUUAUUGCGGCUGUCUUCGCUGGCUGUUCUUCUCAGUCAAAUAUACAUACAAAUAUCUAAGCCUGGUCGAGUUAGUUGUGCGGUUUACGAGGUAGAGUCUAGACAGGAGUGCUGGGAAACAUACGUAGGCCAGCAGUUAUACAAACUGCUUUUGACGGAUUUCGUCUUGCAGUUCGUGAUGACAUUCUUUAUCAACCUCCCGAGGGCGUUCAUAGCCAGGCACAGUAACAGUAGGUGCUUGAAGAUUAUCGGCACCCAGGACUUUUACCUUCCAAAACAUGUCUUGGACAUAGUCUAUGUCCAGACAAUAGUUUGGAUGGGAGCAUUCUUCUGUCCAUUCCUACCAAUUAUUGGUACAAUGUUCUGUUUUCUCAUUUUCUAUAUUAAAAAAUUCGCUUGCUUAACAAAUUGUACGCCGUCUCCGAUUGUGUACAAAGCGUCUAAAUCAAAAUCGUUGUUUAUGUCGGUUCUAUUACUCGGGUUUGUGAUAUCCAUCUUGCCAGUUGCGUAUUCGGUAGCUGAAAUAUCGCCAUCUUGGAACUGCGGACCUUUCAGAGGUUACGAAACUGUUUGGUCUUUUGUAGUGGAAACCUUCGAGGCGUUUCCAUACUUGGUCAGGGAAUUCGUUUUCCUGAUUGGUACUUCGACUUUCGCUGUCCCAGCAUUCGCUGUACUAUUAUUCUUUUUAUAUUAUUAUUGGGCUGUGGCUGCAGCUAAUAGGCAUAUGGUUGAAGUUCUAAAGAACCAGUUGGUCUUAGAAGGUCACGAUAAGCAGUUCUUGCUGAAUAGAUUAAGCGCUUUCAUAAGACAGCACCAGAAACGGUGUGAGAGACGAAAUAGAGCCAGUUUCGCGGACGACGACUCUUCUAUACAACACAGUUCUAGAUAAAAUACCUGUCUACAAUUUAAAAUAAUCUUAAUAUUACAUCAGAUAAUGCGAAAAAAUGCAUGAAACAAUUAUCACAAAGUGCCAUCUACAGUUUUCGUCGUUUUUUCUUGGCACUUUUUCCAUUAAUUUUCAAAUCUCUUUGGGAUUUUUUGGAAGAAAAACAGCCCAAGUUUUAGAGAUUUUAGAAAUUCCAUUGAAAUGGAUAAUACAUUCCUUCUUUCGUAUUUAUCUUUAUUCUGAAAUGUUUAUUUUGGUGCUACGAGUUUAAAAAGUUCGACGAGCAUUCCAGCAUUCCAUUACUUACUUCCUACCUUCAAUGAAAUAUUUAGUUUCUUAUUCCAAUUUAGUUAUCUCUGCAAUCCAAAUACAUAGAUUACUAUCGUUAUGUAUAAUGCUCUCUCAUUAUGAUUUGUCACUGUAAUUAAUGGCAAUGUCUGAUUUCAACUGCUAGUUCUCAAGAAAGUGACGUACAAAUGCACAAUUUUUGUUGACUAAACUUUUGUCACCAAAUCGUGUUGUCAACGUUAACGUUGUGAACACUCUGCGUUGCGCAAAUGUCGCUAUGUUGUAAUUAUACUGUACAUAGCAUUUAUUAGUUAAAUUUAGUGAUUUUAUAGUUUAGUGAUCUCAGUAAAUUAAAAUAUACACUUUCAAACUUAAGACUUCAUUAACGAAAUAGUCAAAUGUGUCUGAAUUAGCUUGAUCUAGGUUAAAACAGUGCCUGUAGUAAUAAAAUAGCAUAGGAUUUUUUUUUAUUGAAAUGAAAUGAUCAGUUAUUAUUUUCAAUACGGUAUAUUUAUUGCAUUUAUUUUUAAGUUAAAAAAAAAUCAAAAUGUCUUUUUUUAAUUCGAUGGAAAUUUUAAUAAUAAAAAAAAUUUACAAAAAAUUCUGUCAUAAAUAUUUGUCCAUAUUUUAGUAUAAUACAAUUAAGUAAAUAUUUUCUUAAAAAUAUGAGCUUACAAUUUUUAACUCGUGUAGCGUUAGCAACUACAAUAAUAAUCUUAUGACUAUGAAUUUCUCUUAAUGACAACCCAUUGCUGAAAAAGCUUUUAACGAUUUAAAGCAACGUUUUUAAAUAUCUCACGUAGUUUAAAAUAAAUAAAAUUAUUUUUAAUUUAAAAUCACAAUUAAUUUCCUAUUUAUUAACAGAAAUACUCAUUAAUCGUUCCUACCGUUUACAAUUAUCCUAACUGCAAUAAAAUGGAGGUACUUCGAAAUUUGAAUGUGAUUUACUUAUGUAAAUACUGAACAUUCAUUGGUCGCCUAUCGCGUCAGCAGCUAUCAUCGACCAAUUCAGACCAAUUCAGAGAAACAGAACCAUUCAGAGAAAAGGCCAAUCAGCGUUUCGAAAACUGAAGGUUAAUCCGAAUGUUAUACUAAAAAAAUGUAAUUAAAAACAUUUUGUUCCAAUUUUAAAAUUAAAUGAAUCAGUAUUAUUAUAGGCACAAGGGAAAGAAAGUCUCAAAUGUCGUUAUCGGUUACGUAUUAACGGUGUAAGGAGUGGCUACUACUAAAAAUUAUGUAUAUAAAUGUUUGAAUUUUAGUUGAUUUAUGGAUUUCUGGAAUAUACUAGAAAUCAUGUCGGUGUUAUUUCUAUAACCUUUCAUCAGACUUGGACAUAAUUAAAUUUACGUUUUGCAAAAGUCUGCCUCUCAUUUAGUGAGCUUGUGUACAUUUGUUUAAUUUAUGUUAUACGACAAAAUUAUUAUAUUAAAUGCGAAAUGGUUAUAUAACGUGUUCAUAUUUAUUAUUCAAUCUUCGUUUUAAAAUUUUGUUAUUCUUUUCUUUGUGAUACGUGUAAUAUUAUUAUUUAUUAUAAAAUAAGGUUAUUAAAUGUACAAAAUUAAUAUAUCGGCAGCUGAUUUGUUUUUUUAACCAUACGAAUAUUUUGUUAUCAAGUAAAUAUAGCUAAAAAAAUUUUUUUAAUAUUUGAUAAAUAUGACAACAGUCCUAAUCUGUAUGUAGGCAAAGCGCAAAAUAAUAUUCCAAUGUUUAGUGCACUUAGGUCAUAUCAUAACUACAAAACAUUAUGCAUUUUAACUGAAGAUGAUUGUCCUAUAUAAUGUUUGUUUCAUGUUUUUAGAUAACGAUGAAAAAUAUAACGAAGAAGUGAGAUCUUCUGAACUUAUCAUAACCCUAGAUUUUUAUACGAUUUAUAGUUAGUACAAUUAGAACGCCUAGAUGUCCUUUAAUUAGUAAAAUUUUAUUAGCAAUGAUACUGCUUCUGAUUUGUAAACAUUUUCUGAGAUAAUUUGACAGGACUAACCAUACAGCUAUCUCUUUCGUACAUAUAGAGUUAAUAAUUUAAAAAAAAUAUAUCAAAACAAGGUUUUAUUUUAUUUUCGUUUUGUACUUGUCAAAUAAUAAUAAUCGUUUUAUAUUCGUGUUAAUGGAACUUAAAAGUGAAAUUAAAGAACCGUUGGCCGUCUAGGCGGUCUUGUGGCGGCCAUUUUUAACAAAAUACAGUGUAUAGUACUGAAUUUCAUUCAAUUGUCAUAACACUAAAAAUGUUUACAAAAUGUCGAGUGAAUCGGUUAUUAAUUCGACCCACACCAGUUAAAUAUAUAAAAUUGAAUUCGGGAAUUAUUUUCAUUCUGUCAAAUCAUGAAUCAGAAUCAGUAUCGUCAUCAUAUACAUUGUAAAUAUACAUAAUAUUUAAUAGCACAAAAGCACAGCUAAAUUUAAUUAUAAUCAAUGAUUAUAAAACGGUAAUAUAAAGAAACUUGGCAUGCGUCCAAUAUAUCAAAACGAAUUCAAAAUCCGAUUUCAAAAAUCGACCCAGCCGAACCAAACGCCAACGAUCUAUAGAUCGAUACCACUAAAACAUUUAGAAUCGACAAAUAAAAUCACUGGAUAUCACCAAACGAAUUGCGUAUUAUGAAAUUCGCUGUCUCUCUUUCUAACCAUUUGGAAUACAGCGGAAUAAUAGAUUAAGUACUUAAAGACUAUUUGCUUGAGCGCAAGCGAUUUGGUGAGGCUAGGCGUUACCGAAAUCGGAUUUUGAAAUCGAUUUGUAAAUCUGAAUUCUGAUAAAUAUCAGUUUGCGUUAAAAACCAAAAACGCCCAUGUCUAAAAGAAACAUUCAUUUGUUAUGUAUAUUGACCUUACAUGAAAACGUUGUGUAGCAGGUUGGCUAGUUAAACGCUCUCUCUUUCUAACAUAAUUGAUUUGACAUUUGAACGAAGAAGACAGCAUUGCUUACAACAUUUAUAUGUAAAGUCGUAUUUAGUAAAAAUUUUAAACGCGACUUAAAUAUUAUGUAUUGAAAUGGAAAUUUAAUGAUUCGAAUUCAAAUUUUCGUAUUAGAAAUGCAACCGUUGUAUAAAAAGUACUUAUUGUAAAAUUUGUAAAAAUUAACGAAGUUAUUUGUAAAUUAAGAUAAAAGUAUUGUAAUAUUCGCGUUAACUGCAAAUAAAGUGUUGCAUUUUGUGUACGAUUUGAAUUUUAAUUUCGAUAAUCUGUAUCUGUAGAUAAUAUUGAAAUAGAGAAAUUUAAGCUGAUACAAGAUUUAUUUGUAAAGUAUAAAUAAACGCCAUUAUAGAAGCGUGCAGAUUAUAAAUAUUAUAGAUAAACGACACUGCCAACUCUAUUGUCAAAAUGUUUAUAUGGAAAAUAAAAUUAUAUAAC